AAAUACGUAACCAUGUUGUACUUUAAGUCUCCUAGUUUAAACUAAGUUCAGUUUAGAGAUAAGACACGGAGCUAAAUGUGGAAUCAUUUUGUUUAAACUAUGUCAAGAUGUGUCACCUGUUAGUAGCGCGCGUUCUACUACUGUUGUUAAAUGUUUCUGCAAUAUCGGCCCUGCUUUGUCUUAGUUGUACGGGAGUGAAUAACGUGGAAGAUUGUCUUACGUUGAAGAAGUGUGCGUCAAAUCAGACUUGUUAUUCUAACCGAUUCGUUGGCAGUACUGGUAAGCCUGUGUAUAAUUUAGGCUGCAUCGACAGCGUCGCAUGCGGUCAAAAUCCACCUGGAAAAAGAGAAACCGAAAGUGAAUACGAUCUUACAUCCUUUGACGCAGAAAGUAGUUCCGACCAAAAGCGUAGUGAUCCAUCAUGUAUGCAAUGCUGUAACAAUCUAAACGGAUGUAAUAAGAACUUAUGUGGUUCAAAACCAUCAGACAAUUUACAAUGCAUGAUAUGUAGAGAUGUUCUUGAAACAAAAUUUUGUGACAAACUUACGACAUGUGGACAAGAUCAGUUUUGCUUCGUACAGAGAACUGUCAACUCUGUUUCAAUGACACCUCGGUACGAAAUGGACUGUAUGGGGUUCCAACAAUGUGAUGCGUUAUUAAGGGCAAGUAGACAAGACUGUGCCACGUGUUGUAAUGGUACUGACUAUUGUAACUAUAACGCUUGUGAUAACUGGACAGGAACUUCCCAGGCAACCACUGUCAACAAACCAACAGUGACGUCAGUAACACCUUCAACAACUGCUGCGUCUCAUAGUACAUCAACUUCCGGUCCAAACACUUCCGGUGCACAACUCGUCCUCGACGGACCUAAUUCAAGCUCGUAUAAAAGCCGGGUAGAGCUGAAAUGUAUUAGUCUACCCUCUGCUCAACGUUACAUAUGGAAAUAUAAUCACUCUACGUCUCUACCAGCCGGUGUCAGUAUAGAAAAGGAGAUAGUAAUAAGUCCACUUGCUGGAGAAGAUAAACUUGUAAUUGCCGAACUUGAUGAGUCCAAGGUGGGCGUGUACUCCUGCGAAGCAAUCAUUAAUGGCCAAACCAUAGAAAAGACACAUUUUAUAGCCAUAACAAAAGAGAAACCGACGGCACAUAUUGUCAAAACGUUUAUACCACCAUACUUUGCAUUGGUUUGUACCACCACUGGGUAUCCACCGCCACAGAUCGGAUGGGCAUUCGUUAAAGCUGGCUCUAGUACAGGCUCAGUGGGACUUCCGGGCGAUGCUGACGUCACACGUAAAGGACUCGUCUCCAUAGUAGCGGUCGAUCACUAUAAAUCGGCGUCUCAUGACGGCUCCUGGUAUUGUGCUGCCACGAACAGCCUUGGUGACGUCAUAACUGAAAUUGAUAUUCCCUAGGUUAAGGUUAAGUCCAUCCGAUACCUACAAAGUAAUUUAAUGUUGUAACGUGUAUUUUGUUCAGAAUAAAAAGUUUCAGACCUGUU